AAAUCAACUGUGUCCCAAGCACAGGGAAGUAGAGACGCAGGAAAGGGGCUCCCCACGCAGCACCUCCAGCGUAAAAAAUAAGAAAGCGAAAAUAAGUCAAAGAUUAUCCUCCGGGGGGCUUGCAGAAACAGCAUGUGGUUAACGAGUGUUCCUUUUAGCGGUCCGAUUUAUGGUGGCCUCAAAGAUGGGAUGACCAUAUUAGUCUCCGGAAGUGUUUUGAAGUCCUGCAAAAGGUUCCAGGUUGACUUCCAGUGUGGCAGUUGCCAAAUGCCUAGAUCAGAUGUUGCGUUCCAUUUCAACGUCCGUUUUGAUGAGAACUGUGCUGUAUGCAAUUCACACGAAAAGGGCGGCUGGCAGCAAGAAGAAAGGAAAUAUGAUAUGGUUUUCCGCAAAGGACAUCCUUUUGAGAUCCGAUUUCUUGUGAAAAUCAACUCCUAUGUGGUUCUUGUAGAUGGAAAGCAAUAUUUGGAAUUCAAGCACAGGAUCCCUCUUUCCCGGGUAGAUACCAUUGGAAUAUCAGGAGAACUAGAUGUGGUCUCAAUCAGCUUCCAAGGUCCAAUUACCUAUCCAGUUUGUUCCAACCCAAUUUUCCCAACAUUCUCACAGCCAAAUGCCUAUCCCAUUGGACAAUGCUUUCAGCAACAAAUUUAUCCUCUCCCUUACCGAGCUACCAUCUAUGGGGGCCUUUUUCCAUCCAAAUCAAUAAUAAUCUCCGGUUCUGUGUCCCCUUCUGCCCAGAGGUUCCACAUCAAUCUGAAAGCGGGGAACGAUACUGCUUUCCAUCUCAAUCCACGGUUUGAUGAGAACGUGAUUGUUCGAAACUCCAACCUCAAUAUGCGCUGGGGUUCAGAAGAGCGACACCUGCCCUGUGGGAUGCCUCUGUUGCGUGGCCAACCCUUUACCAUCUGGAUUCAGUGUGAAGCACACUGCUUCAAGGUGGCUGUGAAUGGACAGCAUCAGUUUGAAUACAAUCAUCGCACACAUAAUCUACUCCAGAUAAAUCUGCUUGAAGUGGACGGAGACAUAAUGGUGACCAAUAUCCAGGCUUAAAGUCGUCAGUAGAGGCCCAUUUUUGGAUGGAUGUGCAAUUGAUGGAAAAUGUUGAGCUUUACUACCUAAAAUUUGAAUAAAUGCUCCUUUCAGAUCAUGUUUAAGAAACAUAUAAGUUCAGAUUUUUUCCCCUUCCAAUCUAAUUGCAUGAAUAAACUUGUUUUGUUCAUA